GAACUGUUUCACCUUUGAGAGGCAGCCGAGAAAUUAGUGGAAAGAAAGUGAGAGAAAGCGACAGGAAAAAAAGAUCGAUCUCAAUAUAAAUAGGGUAUAGACUUGUUAAAGCUCUUCACUGGUCUUUCCAUUUUCUUUUAAAGAAUCAAAUGUGGUGAAAGAGAUUCUGAAGAGAGGAGGAUUUGAAGCUUUUGUUCCUAUUUUUGGUACCCAGAAUUUGAGAGUUUUAAAUUUCUAGGUCAAGGAAUGUGGAGAAACAUCGCUCGAUCUGCCGCAGCGUCGUGCCUCCGGCGAUCGCGGCGGUUCUCCACGGCGAUUCCGGGUCCGUGUAUUGUUCACAAGCGUGGUGCAGAUAUUCUCCACGAUCCGUGGUUUAAUAAGGACACUGGCUUCCCUUUGACAGAGAGAGAUCGACUUGGGCUGCGAGGUCUCCUCCCUCCUCGUGUUAUCUCAUUUGAGCAUCAGUAUGCUCGAUUCAUGGAGUCAUAUCGGUCAUUGGAGAAAAAUACUCUGGGCCAACCAGAUAGUGUUGUAUCCUUAGCAAAAUGGAGGAUCUUAAAUAGACUACAUGACAGGAAUGAGACACUGUACUACCGGGUUCUUAUUGAUAACAUCAAAGACUUUGCACCGAUAAUAUACACUCCCACAGUUGGAUUGGUGUGUCAAAACUACUCGGGGUUGUUUAGACGUCCACGUGGAAUGUAUUUCAGUGGCAAGGAUAAAGGAGAGAUGAUGUCCAUGAUCUACAACUGGCCAGCUCACCAGGUGGACAUGAUAGUGAUAACAGAUGGCAGUCGUAUUCUUGGUCUGGGUGACCUUGGAGUUCAGGGAAUUGGAAUACCUAUUGGGAAACUUGAUAUGUAUGUUGCCGCUGCUGGUAUCAAUCCACAGAGAAUACUUCCAAUUAUGCUUGAUGUUGGCACUAACAACCAAAGGCUUCUUGAAGAUCGCCUUUAUUUAGGACUUCGGCAGCCUAGAUUGGAAGGAGAAGAGUAUCUAUCAGUUGUUGAUGAAUUAAUGGAAGCUAUUUUCACUCGUUGGCCCAAGGCUAUUGUACAGUUUGAGGAUUUUCAAAUGAAGUGGGCUUUUGAAACACUACAACGUUAUCGUAAGAAGUUCUGCAUGUUCAACGAUGACAUACAGGGAACUGCUGGUGUUGCUCUGGCGGGACUUUUAGGAACUGUUAGAGCACAAGGUCGACCGUUGACUGACUUUGUCAACCAAAAGAUAGUUGUAGUUGGAGCAGGAAGUGCAGGGAUUGGUGUGCUUAAUAUGGCUGCACAGGCUGCCUCAAGGAUGGCUGGGAACACUGGGGCAUCACCAAAUCAUCAAUUUUAUCUACUAGAUAAAGAUGGUCUCAUCACAAAAGAGAGGAAAAAUAUAGAUCCAGCUGCAGCACCAUUUGCUAAAGGCCCAGGAGAGAUUGAGGGACUGAGAGAGGGAGCUAGUUUACUUGAAGUGGUUAAAAAGGUUAAACCCCAUGUGCUUCUUGGUUUGUCUGGAGUUGGUGGUGUCUUCAAUGAGGAGGUGCUUAAGGCCAUGCGAGAAUCCGAUUCUACCAAACCUGCAGUUUUUGCAAUGUCAAAUCCCACCAUGAAUGCUGAGUGCACAGCUGCUGAUGCUUUCAAGCAUGCAGGAGAAAAUAUAGUUUUUGCAAGUGGGAGUCCUUUUGCAAAUGUUGAUCUAGGGAAUGGAAAAGUAGGUCAUGUAAAUCAAGCAAAUAACAUGUACCUGUUUCCUGGGAUUGGUUUGGGGACUCUUCUCGCAGGUGCUCAUUUUAUUUCAGAUGGCAUGUUGCAAGCAGCUGCUGAAUGCCUUGCUUCUUAUAUGAGUGAUGAGGAAACCCAAAAUGGCAUCUUGUAUCCAUCCAUCGACAGCAUUCGGCAUAUUACAGCAGAGGUUGGAGCUGCUGUUUUGCGAGCUGCUGUUGCUGAAGAACUGGCCGAAGGACACGGUGAUGUGGGGCCAAGAGAGCUUGAGCACAUGUCAAAGGAGGAGACGGUGGAAUACAUCAUACGUAAUAUGUGGUUCCCCAUUUACAGCCCUCUUGUUCAUGAGAAAUAAGGCUAUUGUUGUUUUUCUUCAAAGGUUAUUCUCCUGCGGUUGAUUCUCAGGGUUCUGCUGCCAUCUGUAAUCGUGGUGGUUAAUUCUUGGUAAACUCCUAAUUCUUAGAGCAUUAAAUUGUUAUAGAUCAGGCCCCUUCCAAACCAGAUAAACUUGAUGUACCUUAAUUAUGUGUUGUUAAUUCAAUGAGCAACACCCAAGUAUAAUUCCAUAGUUCUAUUCUGGACAUCCUGUAACGAAUUUAUCAGUUCUUUGAAAAUUCAUUUGCAAGGACUCUAGCUUCUUUCCUUCA